UUUGCAGUUCCACAUCCACUAUAGUGUCUCACUAAGAUGGAACACCCUUUUUCCAAUUUAUUAAGAUGGAUCAAACUAAAGCAGUGACAUUUUUACAGUAUGACCGCUAAAUGAAAUGACAGAUUUUUAGGAAUGUGUUCUGGUUUAAACAGUUAGCUUUUACUCUAAAUUCAGAUAGUUUUUUAGACUUAUUUGCGAAGCCUAAAGUUUAGUUUCGGAAAAUCUGAUGUGCUCUUGGACCUAUUUGUAGGGCUGCUAUAAAUAGGCCCCUGCUGGCAACACAUGCAUGUCUAUGAUAGGCAGUUACAGAGAUUUUCUUCACAGACUCUGGCUCCAAAGCAACACUGACAACAUCUCAAUGGUUUUGUCACCAUUCUGAAGAGUUUCUUUUUUCUUCUCCGGGGGCUUACAUGGAUAACACCAAUACAUUUGAGCCUUGAGCUUUGACAAGCUGUGGACGUGAAUGCGGAGUAGUUUCAUACUGUGGCUGAUACAUUUGUCUCGGAUUUUAAAUUUUUUUGUGAAUUGCUUCAGUGGGCGAUGACUUCCAGAAGGCCAAUGACUCGCUCUUAUUCUGGCAAUGGGAGGACAAGCAGCUUCAGUGAAGAUGAGGGCGGCUCUUCCAAUGGCCGUUCAGAAAGCCGCAAUACUUACCUCUCAAAUGUUAGGCCAGAAAACAGGAGCACAUUGUGUAGCAUCAUGGCUCAGCUGACCGAGGACAUUCAGCCUUCCUUCGAGACCACCUUGAAAUCAAAGGCAGUGUCAGAAAACUGUAAUGUGAAGUUCGCCUGUGUGGUAUCAGGUUACCCAGCUCCAGAACUGAAAUGGUACAAAGAUGAUAUGGAAAUGGACCGCUAUUGUGGACUCCCAAAAUAUGAAAUUCGUCGUAAUGGAAAAACCCACACCCUCCAUAUUUACAACUGCACAUUGGAUGAUGCAGCCAUCUAUCAGGCCUCAGCCAGCAAUAGCAAAGGUAUUGUCUCCUGCUCGGGAGUUUUGGAGGUCGGCACCAUGAAUGAAUUCAAGAUACACCAGAGGUUCUUUGCCAAGCUGAAGCAGAAAGCAGAGAAGAAGAAGAAGGAAUUGGAGAAGGGGGAUAAAGAAAACAUUCAUAAAGAGCAGCCACAGAGUAGCCCAGAGCAUCCUCAAAGGAAGCGGCAUGUCCCACCACCAGAGGACAGGCCAGCGGUCAAGGAGCCCGAGGCUGUGGAACAACUAGGAGCUGCUGUAGAACCUAAUGGAGUUAGUGCUGAAGCCAAGGAAACAGCCCCUGUGCCAUCCAUAGACAGUGACUUGGAACAGGCCAAAAAGAAAAUAAGGAUCUCAAAUGGUGUAGAUGCUGGUCUUAAUAGCAGCAGCAGCAGUAGCAGAAGCCACAUAAUGGGGAAUGGAGGUGAAAACUGUUAUGAUGGAGGAAUCAGUUUGGCACAGUUUCUGGCAGAUACUCUGCAGUCCCAGGCUGCUGAGGAGAAACAGAACUCAUCCGGAGGGGAGAAACCCAAAGAGAUGGAUAUGCCUAUUGUAAGUUCCAGUAGAGAAAAAGAGAGGAUGCAAAAAGACAGGGAAGAACAAGAAAAGGGACUAAAGGUAGAGUAUGAGAGAGAGAAAAUGAGAGAAGAAGAACUGGCCAUAGAGAGGGAGAAAGAAAGGGAAAGGCCGUUGGAGAUGUCACAUACAGUACCCUACACAAAACAUGGUUCGGAGGUCAAACAACACAGCAAGGCUCAUAAGGACCACGACCACCACCACAUCCAGGCGUCCAUCUCCUCUAUGCUCCACACAGUCAAAGACUUCCUCUUUGGUAAGAGUAAGAAGGACUCUCAUGAUCGCGUUGAGAAUAAGGAGAGAGAAUUUGACCACUCACCUGCCUCAGCGCAAGGUCCUCAACCAGAAAUGCCACCAUCAUUUCAACUGCAACCGGAGCAUAAUAAAGUGUGCAAGCCUCCCACAGAGGACGUCGUGCCUAUGGAAAUGGAUGUACCAAAGGAGCCUUCAGGAACUGUGGAUAUAGCACAACAGUCAGUGUCGCUGGAGCCACAUGAACAUAAGCAUGAAGACAGUGUUCUACACACAAACCUGCCACCGGCUCACACAUUGCCACCUGAGAGCGUAGAGGAGUCCACAGGGCAGAGUAUCAAGAACGCUGGAGAUGCUGUGGAAACCAUGGAGGUGUCUGUGGGGCCAGAGAGCAGUCCAGGUGAAGAAACGUCAUUGUCUGGGCUUCACGUUCUCACUGAGGCUGAAGAGAAAGCUUCUCAUGUAGUCUCAAUUAUCAAAGAGGUUCCUGUACAUCAGCAAGAGCCAGAUCGCCUAAUAGUCUCACCGCAGCCAAAUCAACAGACUGCAAGAGAUGAGUCUUCACCCAGGGAAGAUAUAUCUGUCUUGACACAGUCCAAAGUCUCUUAUGAAGAAAAAGUCUCCCACACAAUCACCCUGGCUAGUUUGGCAGACAGCUGGACUCCCCCUUACAAUGCUAUCUCGGCAUCAGACAGCCACGCCCUUGGAGAAGCACCCAGUGAAACUUUGCAAGAAAAGGAAAUGAGUGUUGAUAAGAUGGACAAAGAUGAACCUGACACAGGGGAGGGCCGUUCUUUUGAGUUACGUGCGGUAGAGAAAGAUGAAGUGAAAUCAUACAAACAGCCAUGCCCAGAUAUAAACAGGUCUGAGAUUACUGAAUUAACAUCUUCACUGGAAGAGAGAAUAGAGCCAUGUGACUCUAAAACACCAGAUCAGGUGCUUUCGACUCUGCCUGCUGUAGCAGCAUACUGUGUAGAGAGAGAUGAUGUAAAAGAAGAGGCUGAAUGUUCUUCAGUGAUUCAGGAAAUGAAUGUGGGAUUUCCGCCCAAUGUGGCCACAGAUAGUUUAGAGACGGUUGACCUAAAAACACAGCAAGAAUGCAUUUCUUCUAAAGCAGAGGAAAGCUCAGAAGUUCACAAUCUAAGUGCAAUACAGAGUUCAAACUCAGGUUUUAGAAGCAGAGAAGAGAGUCAUGAAUUGAAAGAGGUAUUGAUUUCUGCGUUAGAGGAAGAUUUAAAAGUUAACUUGUGUAACAAUCUAAAAACACAAGAGCAGGUCAUUUUAGAUGGUGAGAUCACUGAAGCAAGGAAUGAUAAUUUACAGUCUGAAGUGGAGACAGGAAAGAGAAAUCCAAUGAAAGUAGAGGAGUUGGCUGAAUCGAAGAGCCUUUCAGUAAUGCAAAACAAGGGAAAUGGUGCAAUUUUUUUGGAGGAACACAGAAAUGUUGCACCUCAGGAUAGCAGUGAGAACAAGGAGAGGGCCUGGCCCUCAGAGAAUAUUCCACAAAUCCAAAUAUCUACUGUUGAAGACACCCCAGAUUUUAAACCCACUGUUCCACAUGUGCAACCAAAUGAACAUUUUAUAAUCCCCAAAAUUGAAAUAAUGGAGCCUGAGUUCAAAGAGUGCACUCUGCCUCUAACUAUUUUGGCACUAAAGAAGCAAGAAUCAGUUCCUGCUACUUUGCAAAAACAUGAUGCAACUCAUGUGUCAACAGGAAUAAUACAAGACCAGAGGGUGUCUGACUGUCCAAGCUUGUUUCCCACACAGAAAGGAAUGCAGAAUGAUUAUAACCCCUCACCUAUAGAGAAGGUAAAGGAAGUUGCGCAAUUAGGUGACAAGACAGAAAUGUCUGAGGAGGAGCAGCCACUUGUGAGAAGCAGUGAACAGCUCUCUCAGAUGGACUACGCAUCAAUUCCUGUUAUAAAUCUUCAUUCAUGUACUCAUGAUAAGGAGAAUGAUAUAAUUGUAAACACCCAUGUUUCAGACACACUGCAGCCUUUUGAAACCCCUGUGGUGCCUUUGUGUGUGGUGCCACCGAUCUCUGUCAUUUGUCAUGAAAGGGAUUCUGGAUUCACAAUGCCCAGUCAAAGUAAGUGGACAGGAACAGAAACUUCAGCUAUUACGCAAAGGGGAACAAAGCAGGAACAUGAUGUUGACAAUAAUAUGACUACUAAACCUGGAAAAACUCAAAGUAGAAAGCAGAACCUAGAACAAAUGGCAGAUAAAAGCAUAAAAGAGAACACUUCUUCUAUGCCUAAUGAAGCUUUAAUGACAAAGGUCAGUGACAAAGUGCCAUCAUUCAGUAAAACAACAGAAGACAACAUUGUCCCUGAUAUAUUGAAGACAAAACCCAAGAUUGAGAAUUCUGUGUUUAUUGAAGACCUCCAAAAAAGCAAAUCGCCUGUCGAGAGACUCUGCCCUAAACCCCUGACACGUCCAUCACUUAGUCCAGCCAGUCUUCGCAAAUUCAUGUCCAAAGUUGCUCCAGACUCAGACAAUGAGGCUGUGACGGCUGUCCCUGUAAUCACUGUGGGCGACCGCCCAAGUGACAAGGCAGACGACGAUCUAAGUGGAGGCUCAACACCAACAUCAUCCCUCUCCUGUGAAAGCAGUCCCCGGCUGAAACGCAGAGACAGCCUGUCGCUCAUACGCUCUGCCACGCCUGAAGAGUUGGCCUCCGGAGCUCGUCGCAAAAUCUUCAUCCCAAAACCUAAAGAGGAUGGAGAAGGAGCAGUGGUUGGUGCUCUAGAUACUCUAGGCAAGAAGGAAAUACCCCACAUGUCACCCAGCCAGGCUCGCAGAGCAACAUUACUACAAGCUCCCACUGGACAAAAUACCCCACCAACGGAGAGGCGUUCGCCGCUGCUAAGCCGCAGAAAGGUCACCUUGGAGGUGCCCAAAGUCCUGGAGGAGAUUCCCACAGAAGAGCCAGUCAGCACCAAACAAGAGGAGAAACCAGCUGAAAAGAAGCUAGACCCUUUGAAAGCUCCACAGGUCAUCCGUAAGAUCAGGGGAGAGCCAUUCCCAGAUGCCUCCGGACACCUGAAGCUGUGGUGCCAGUUCUUCAAUGUGCUCAGCGACUCCACCAUUAAGUGGUACAGAGAUGAGGAGGAAAUACUAGAGGUGAAGAGAAGUGGAGGAGAUGAAAGCCAAGUGGCACUGGCUGUUGUUCUAGCAUCCAGCCAAGACUGUGGGGUAUAUGGCUGUUCGAUCAAUAACGAAUACGGGACUGACAUCACUGACUACCUGCUCAGUGAAGACAUUCUGUCUGAGAUACUACUAAGAGAUGACUUGGAAGUUGGAGAGGAGAUCGAGAUGACCCCACUGCUGUUCACCAAAGGCCUGGCCGACUGUGGCAACUGGGGUGAAAAGUACUUUGGCCGUAUCAUGACAGAGGCGGCAGACAUCGGGGACGGCUGCGCUCACAAAGCUAGCAGAGUGAAGGUCAUUUACGGCCUGGAUCCCGUCUUUGAGUCUGGAAGCGCCUGCAUCAUCAAAGUCAAAAACCCCAUCGCCUACGGGACCAAACAGGAGAGCAACCUUGCAGAGAGAAAUCUAGAGAUUACUAAGAAAGAAUGCAAAGUACAAAACAUGAUUCGAGAAUACUGCAAAAUCUUUGCAGCUGAAGCAAGAGUUAACGAGAACUUUGGCUGUUCACUUGAAGUGAUUCCUCAGUAUCUGAUGUACCGGCCAGCAAACUCUGUGCCUUAUGCCACAGUGGAGUCUGAUCUCAAGGGUGCCUUCCUCAAGUAUUGUAUGAUGGAUCCUAAAGGAAAGCUGAUUACACGAACUGUUUCUGAGAUGGAGCAGAAAUGUAGCUCCUUCCAGCACUGGAUUCAUCAGUGGACUCAUGGCAAUUUGCUGGUCACUCGGAUGGAUGGUGUUGAAACGAAGAUUACAAAUGUUAGAGUUGUGACCAAGUCAAAAGGAUACCAAGGGCUAACAGAGUAUGGCUCUCCUGAAGUAUUCGAACAGUUCCUGACACACCAUCAAUGCAACUACUACUGUGGACUUCUCGGCCUGCACCCACUCAAAACUAUGGAUAGUCUGCAGCAGCCGACCAAGAUGAAGGGUUCCCGGAGCCCCCUGCUCAACCGUAAGGUUGGCUCUAACAGCCCACAGCUGCAGCGGAAAGGACAAAGUCCUCAGAUGUCUAGAAAGACAAAUUCUAGCCCAAAGGUCACAAGAAAAAAUCAGGAGACAGAGGACAAUAAAUCUGAUGUCAAAUGCAAGCCUGCAGAAACUGCUGAUGUUCUUGAAGUGAGAUAGGAAAAAGCGCUUCUUUUGUGUCAAGAAAGAUUUUAUUGCUGUUAAUGGUUUGUUUCUUUCCAGUUACCAAAGCCAGCAAGGACUUUAUAGAGAUAUUAAGAAGAGGAAUAGCUUGUUGACUUGACUUGUCAUAAAGAAUUACUGUGAAUUUCUCAGUCGCCACUACAAUUGCAGUAUGAGACGUCCACCCUCCAGCUUCUUACUGUAGUUAAAAGGUUUAUGAGAAUGUUUGGAGCAAUGAGCGCAGGGUUUUUAACCUUGCAGCUCACACGCUUAGCUUAAACAGUAUGAAAAGCAAUACUGGGCUACUUUAGAGUUGACAUACCACUAUUAAAUAGUUUGAAACAACUCUCCAAGCAAUAUUUGUCAACUCAAAUCAGCUGUACUUCACACUGUAGAAUUUGUAGUGAAGUUUUGCUCUUUUCUUGAAAUAACAUUUUGAUUUAAAGAAUUUUGGAGAAUAAGACCACAGCCACAGAGGAGGUUGAGGUUUGUUAUUAAAGGCUGCACGUUCAUCUGUGAUGUACAGUAUGUGUGUAGGCAUAAAGUUUAUUUUAGAGUUGUUUAUGGUUUGCAUUAGAACUGCCUAUGCAGCAUUUCUUUACACGCCAAGGUCAAAGAUGUUUGUGUGCACUUUGUUUUGGCAUUACUUUUUAGUAGUUUUUGAGUACUUUGUUGUGUCUGUGUCUUUAAACCGUCUUUUACAGUAUGUCAGAAUGAAUGUUGUUGCAUGCCACAGUCAAAGCAAUGAGCAGUCAUGGGAUUACUAGUAAACUCUUUAACUAUGGUAUGCUCACGCUCAUUAACAAGUGUGUUCCCACCAACAAGGAAAGAUGUUGAAUGAGUUCCUCACAGUUAUUUGGACUGUGGGUUAAAAGCACACUAAACAAAAUAACCAAAAGAGCAUGCUAGAGACUUUCAGAAGCCUAUUGAUCACUAAGUACGGCUCCCUGCAUGAAAUCUGUUUUAAGUUAAGUUUUACGGCAUCUGACAAUCACGUUUUGCUUUAGCAUUGCCUAUUUUUUUUGCUGGCUUUAAGUUGCAAAGCCAGCAUAGUUUGAACAUAAAUUAUAAUCUAAAUUCCAAUGAAAACUAUUCAGCUAUCUCGUGUUUGCACAGGCAUUUAUGGUUAAAAGUCACUUGCCUUUGACAAAUAAUAAAAAAAACUGACAAGAAAUUUUUAGGAAUUUCUGUAAUAGAUUAUUGGUUAAUGAUUAAUGAAAGUCUUCAUAUGAGUGCAGUUAGCCCCUCUUAAACAUCAGCUGCCAUUGCUUAAAAAAACUGUAACUGUAAUUGCAUGAUAGUCUAUGAUAGAAACCCCAAAUUCAAAUAGAUGUGAAAUGACCCAGCAUAUAACAGUGAAAACAUUGUAAUGUUAAGGUGUGAUAUCAUGCAAACAAACUGUUGUAUUCUGUUUAUGUGUACAUACAUAUACAUACAUACAUACAUACAUACAUACAU